AUAGAUGGCAAUAUUAUGAUAGUAUAUGAAUACAUUUGAAAUAAAGAAUCGACUCCAGGCAUUUAAACCCCGAGUCGUUUACCAUUAGACUCGGAUCACUCGGAGUCGACCCACCCGGAAAAGAGCUCAAGCGCACAUCGCGAGACAUCUUUGAGUAUUCUUCCUCUUCUUAUUAUACAGGCUAUAAUCUAGAUAUUUGUUUGCAUUAUUUCAGACAAGAUGCUUGGAACGGUUGUAAAGCAGCUGAGGAGUCACCCGGCGCUAAUCCCUCUGUUUGUAUUCAUUGGAGGCGGAGCCACCAUGUCGGUCCUCUCUCUCUGCCGGGCGGCGCUCAAGAACCCGGACUGCACGUGGGACCACACCAAUAACCCUGAACCCUGGAACAAGCUCGGCCCUAAUGACCAAUACAAGCUCUUUUCAAUAACCACGGACUACUCCAAGCUGAAGAAGGACAGGCCUGAUUUUUAAAACCUGUCCCCGGUUGCUAUCAAUGGUGUAGAAUGAGAUCCAAGAGCUGCUGCGCUGCUCAUUUCCACUUCUGAGAAAAGGAAGCGUCCAUGAUGCUUCUGAACACAUCUAUAUCAAAACACACUUGUUUUGUUGUUUAUGAAGAUUAUUUUAUAAAUGGUUCAUUCUGAAACAAUGUAUAUGAAUCAAGGAAUGUCAUGGAAAAGCUAUGCUAAGAUGAAACUGCUUAAUAUUGUUUUCCUAUAAAAAGAUUUUAUGUUUCUAGUCAGUUUUUAUCAGCUUAGCUUGAAAUAAAAAUAUUUAUUGACACCAA